GACGGCACUACAACUUCUCUCCAUGGUGGAAAGUCAUAUCUCUAUCUCCUUACUUCUGAGGCAAGAACACGGAAGGGACAUAUUCUGUUUGAUCUAGCUUAGUUUCAACAAUGGUUUUUGUCAUCAUCGACCUCCUGAUCUUAAGAGUCAUUGUUUCUUGCAUAGGAGUUAUUGGUAAUUCAGUUCUCAUCCUCUCCACUUUUCAGACCAAAUUCUCACGAAUUAAAUCCUUUGAGUUGUUUCUUUUGGCACUGGCUUCAGUCAACUUGGAGGAACUUCUUAUCGUGAACAUCUAUGACCUUCUCAUCUUCCAGACCUCCAUCGUCAAAUCCGGCACUUGGAUGUGUCGCACAUUUAAGUUCCUGACUAUGUUUGGUGAAAGUGCCAGCAUCCUCAUGACUGUCCUCAUCAGCAUCUUCCGCUACCAGAAGCUGAGAGAUGCCGACAAGAGGGUCAGCCUGCCAAUCUAUCUGGAUAGCAUCAGGUCAGCCUUGAUGAUGAUUGGCAUUUGCGUGAUGCUCUCCACGCUACUGUGCAUCCCCACUCUUGUCAUUAGGUUUCCAGGACCUGAAGAAAACAUCACUCGAAAAGGUGGCUGCCCUCCAGACUUUUUCCAAUGCAGUACAUUUUUUUGUCCUAUAUUCAACCGCUUUUACAAGUACCUGUUCCUUGUGUCAUGCAACAUGGUGCCUCUGAUCAUCGUUACAGUCAGCAGCUGGCUCAUCAUCACAGUGCUUCUGAAACAGAGGAAGACUGUGACAACAGUUGUGAGCGUGAGCGGGAGUGGGUCUAACCAGUACAGCAGAAGGAGCAAAGGUCCAAGGCUCCAUCGUAGCACGAUAGCUGUACUGGGAGCUAUGGCAUUGUUUCAAAUCGACUGGACUCUCUAUCUGAUCUUCCAGCUGACUCUUAGCCCCACCAAGUUUCCUUUUUGGGCUGAAAUGGAGUUCUUUAUCUCAACUUCUUAUACAGCCAUCAGUCCGUAUGUGUACGGGAUCGGGAAUAACCUGUUCUCUCUUAAGAAUAUAAUAAAGAAGUAA